GUGACGUAUCGGGACCAAUCACAGUGCAGUAUAUUGGGAAGAAAGUAUUCAUUCAACCGCCAGCAGAUCAGAAACCGGAAAUCAAGAUUUUGACAAAGCAAGGGGAUCUGGACUGGAGAGAAGGAGUCGCCGGUAAAAGAAUGUCCGACAAAGACUUAAGCGUCCAGAUCGAUUGUCUACCGAAAGGUGUGAAAACAUCAAUCGCACCGUAUGAAUCAAAUUACGCACUUUCGUUCAGAGGGAGAAACCGGCGUCUUGAUCACGAGAAGGAAACGCUUUUGGGGAUAUACCAGAAGAGGAUUCAAUCAAAAUAUUGGCGAAUGAUUGGACGAUCUCUCGGAUUUACACAAGAUGUUCUGUCAGAAAUAGAACGCAGGAAACCAAGAUCACUCGAGGAAAAGGCUUGUAUCGUCUUAGGACGAUGGCUGAAGAGAAAUACAGAGAAGAGUCUGUUCCAGAUACGGGAUACAUGGAUGUGACUGUGUGUAGGACAUUCUCGAUCAUAGUAUCGAUCGGUUUAAACUAACCAUGCUACUUGUUAUAUGUCGUACAUGCUAGAUUGUACAUGCUUAUAGUAUAAAUAAUAUUUUUAUAUAUUUUGAUUUUGCCGUUUAUAGUGAUAUAUCUGACUAAAUAUUAACUGGACCUUUGUAGCUUCAUGUAGAAUUAAACUAUGACAUACAUACACUAAUUGUAUAUCGUACGUUUUCAUUGCCAUGGAGAUUUAUGUAUCUGUGGACAACUGUAUUCGUUUGGUGAGCAUCCUUUCAUAUAUUCAUGCCUCAUUCAUUUCACAUCUUUUUUUUUCAUCUUAACAGGAAUGUAUUGUGUUAUUCAUCGCGCUGGCAUGGUUUGCAGUUCCGAAACAUUAAUGAUGUUUGUUGAAAGGCUAUUUUCAGUCGGAUCAGUAGAUUCACCAUGCGUUUUACCGAAAGCGUCUUGCAAAUGAGAUUAAGACAUGUUCAAUUAAUCAAUGAAUAAUAGCAAGUGACAAUUUCUGAGCAACAUAUAUUUAGCUUAAACCAGUACCGAAGAAGUAGUAUUAUCGAUGAGUAAUUUCUAUGCACGAUAGACGGUUAAAAGAGGUAAAACUAUAGCAAAAUAUCAAAGUUAAUGUUGCACAGAGCAAGCGCGGAACCAUUAUCUGCAAUUGUUAGUAAAGUUCAAUCAUACAUGUGGGAUAUAAGCAAAACGCAGGAUCUGCGCAUUUUCCAAGAGUCCUUUCGCUACAAUAUUGUAAAGUUAUUGUAUUUGUUGCUGCAGCAUAACUUUCUGAUGCGUAUCACUUGUGUGUUACACGUAACUUAUAUCUAAUAUUUAACUCAUCUAAUACAAUUUUUGUGUAAUCAAUGCAAGUUCUAGCUGACUACAGUAUUUAGUAGAUAAUUAUAAACAUAGCUGUGCAGUAGAUGUAAGUUAAAGUGCGUCGUCAGGAUAAACAUAAAGGUAUCAUUUUAGUAUUAAAUCUACAACCUUAUUUGAAUUUCAAUUUUUGUAUGAAUAAGCAAAAUCAAAGAUACCUUUAUUACAAAAUAUCUGAUAAUGACUGGGAUAAAAAAAAAUGUCUAUGAUAAUUUUCAGUAUCAUUCAUGACAUAAACCUGAUUUGUUUUUCUCCGGAGAACCUCAAAAGAAUACCGUGCAAGUCGAUAGAUGAUGUAUUCAUUUUAAUUUUUAAGCAUGUUGGAAUUUAUAGAUAAUUUUUCUUUUUUUGCCGCUUCAAAUAUGCUAUUUUAUGAGUUAUAUCAACAUAUAUUUCAGAAACGUAUCUCAAUUAGUUUUCUGUUGAAUCUUUUGCCUUUAGCACAAACAAAAAUAGAUAUGAUGUUUCAAUACAAACCGACUGUGAGGACAUGUUUGUAAAUGUGACUGUAAAAUAAACCAUUCGACCCGUUAUAACUAUUUUUGAGAAUGGUUAAGUCGAGUUUAUAAAGCAUAAAUCUACUAUAUCAUAACUGUCAGGUUUGCGUUUGGAUCGAAUCUGAGGAGACAGACAUUUUGAAAUCUAUCCUUUUAUUGUGAGGGUAGAAGUAGAGACUUCCUCAUUCUCAUUCGUGCAUGUAGUCCUUGCAGACAUGCUGCCGUGUGGGUUAGGACAGAAUACUUUUCUAGAAAUGAUUCAUACUUACUCAUAUGAUUGCAAAAUUUGUAUUGCUGCAUUCAUUGUGCAUCUGUAAAUAAAUAUUAGUUA